AUGGCAAUCCUAAUUUCAUAUAAGAGUAAUUCUUAUUCGAAGUAUCCAAUUUAAAAUAUUAAUUUGAAAGCUGUUCUCAAUAGAAUUGUUAAAUUAUGCAACUCAAAAUAAAACUUGGAAUUUAGAAAUUGUAUUAAAGAAUAAAAAUAAUUCAGAAAGGAUUUUGUAAAUAAGUUGAAUGACUAUUUUAAUAAUUAACAAUAGGUAUUCAAUAAUAAUCAAUAUAUUAGUAACUUUAUGAAAGGAUUAAAUAGAAAUGCAUAAACAAAGAUAAUGAAGAAUUAAUUGAAUGUUUAUUGGAUUAAAAUAUUAAUUAAAAUGAAAUACAAAACAAAAUGUAAGAAUUCAAAGAAUGGAGAAGAAAAAUCGUUAAAACUUUGAUCUGA